AUGACUCCCUCCUCUCACGCGCUGCUCGUGUGUGUGGCGGUCCUCUGCGGGCUGGAGGAAACGGCCCGGUCCCAACGCGCACAUUGCGCCGCGAAUCAGUGUUUUGCGUUUUUCCAGGAGCCCGAGGACUUUCCAGGCGCACAGAAAAGCUGCAAAGACUCCGGCGGACAGUUGUACACUUUGAGCUGGGGAAACGUGGACGAGAUCGUGACUGUCAGCGGGAGCUACUGGGUGGAGCUGCCCGGCGCCGACGCGGCAGCAGAGGACGCUGCUGCGGGUUUCCAGAGCUGCCCGUCCAUCUCCUUGUCGACGGGGGGCAAAGUCAAGCUGCAGCGGGCGCCUUGCGAAGGCACCCGGAACGCGUUCCUGUGCCAGUACACGUUCGAGGAGCCGUGCAGUGGUGUACUGACGGGCGCAGGCGCACAGGUGACCUACACCACGCCCAUGGACUUCAGGGUGGACGAUUCGGAAACGUUUCCACCGGGGACCAUCGCGGUAACGGGGAAGGUUGGCGGUAUCUAUCCGGAAUCAAAGCACGUGUGCGUGUCCAGGGAGUGGAUGUCAGCUCCCUGGAGCUGUGAGGUGCUGGGGGGCGGCUGCCAGCACACCUGCAUGGCCUCCACAAACACCUGCGCCUGCCCCCCGGGGAAAGUCCUCCAUCCCAACAACAUCUCCUGCACGACGGAGGCCUGCGAGGAGAACCGGUGCACGGGCGAGGGCGAGGAGUGCGAGAACACCCGGGAAGGGUUCAGGUGCACCUGCAGGGACGACUUCGUGGAGGAGGACGGCGCGUGCGUCAACGUCACGAUCUGCCAGAGGUGCGAGCACAUGCGGUGCGUCAAGUUCCACGGGGUUUACCAGUGCAUGUGCCUCGAGGGCUUCAGGGUGGCGGCCCACGACCCCACCAAGUGCGAGUUCAUCUGCGGCAAGAAGGACUGUCCGGUCCGGUGCGACGGGAACAACCAGGACAUGUGUUUCUGCCCAGCCGGCUACAUCUAUGACCUCCAAGACGGCACGCCCCUUUGCACCGACAUCGACGAGUGCGACAUGGGGCUGUGCCACCACAGGUGUGAGAACGUGUUCGGGAGUUACCGGUGUUUGUGCAACGAGGGGUUCAAGCUGCACCACGACGGGGACACGUGCACGCCCAUCGCAGACGUAGAGGAGGGUGAUGGGUCGGGCUCCAGUCCUCCUCCUCCUCAUCUUCACACCACCCCGGCCAGCCCUCAACCGGCCGCGGUGCCCUCUUACGUCAAGACCGGCAGCGUCCUGGGUAUCGGUGUGUUCGUGAUACUGUGCGCGGUGCUGCUGUACUUCGUGGUCCGGAACGCAGCCAGGCGAUGCAGCAGGUUCGAGCUGACCUCCAUCAAACACCGGGACAUCGACAUAUUCUACCUGCAGCAGGUGACCUCGGAGACGUACAAGAGGCUGUCCCUGGACAGACCGUUCAAAAGCGACUCAUAAAGAUGUGCACUAUGUUAUACUAUUUUACUAGUAAGCUGCUUGUCCAUCUUCUUUUUAUUUCCUCAAGGGAUGAAGUGUUUUGGACUUUGGAGGGAAACCGGCUCUUUACCCGGACAGCGGCCCUAAUUGUCCAAUUCACUAUGAAAAUACAUGGAUUCACAAUGGACAUUUUUAUUGUUCUACUUUUAAUGUAAAUGCGGUGCCAGAGUUC